CAGAGGUUUAUGGUUUGUUGUCCUUUAAACCCUAAUUUUGUGGCGCUUCAACUGUUCAAGGGAAAUUGUUGAUCGUGGCGUGGAGAAAUUGAUUAAGUGGAAUUUCUUAGGGCUUACGAAUGACGGAUAAGGAUCCUUCUUUUCUUUUCUCCGGAAUCACAUUCAACCGGAAGAGAUUCUCCAGUGAUUUUGCUCGGUUCAAGGAAAAGAAGGAAAUCAAUGAUUCCGAAGAGACGUUGCCUGAAAACAAAAGUCCUGAGGUGGAGGUGGCAGCAAAGCCUGCUAAAAAGAGGAAGAGGAAGUCAUCCGUUUCAGACCCUGUAGAAGGAUUUAAUGUCUUCAAGAGCUCAAAAACAGAGCCAGUACUUGAAGACAAUGAAGAAUCUGAAAAUGCAUCUCAAGGGAAGAAGGAACUAUAUAGACAAAUGGAGAGGGAUGCAAUUUUCCGUAAGCAACAUAACAUUCAUACAUCUGGAAGUAACAUCCCAUCUCCUCUUCAUGAUUUUUCAGAGUUGAGGUCAAGGUAUAAAUGCAAACCAUAUAUCUUGCGAAAUUUAGCAGAACUUGGAAUCAAAGAACCAACACCAAUUCAAAUGCAAGCCAUUCCAUUACUCCUAUCUGGUAGGGAAUGCUUUGCGUGUGCUCCAACUGGUUCAGGAAAAACAUUAGCAUUUGUUUGUCCUAUGCUUAUGAAACUAAAGCAUGCAUCAAAAGAUGGUGUUCGUGCUGUUAUACUUUUGCCUACACGAGAACUAGCCUCUCAAACAGCAAGAGAAUGUAAAAAAUUAGCAAAAGGAAAGAAAUUUUACAUAAGGUUAAUGACAAAACAACUUGCUAACACUGGUGAAUUCUCAAAACUUCCUUGUGACAUACUCAUCUCUACACCACUUCGAUUAAAAUCCGCAGUCAACAAAAGGAAGCUUGACUUAUCCAGGGUUGAGUACCUUGUUUUGGAUGAAUCUGAUAAGCUUUUUGACCUUGGUUUACUGAAACCAGUUGAUGCAAUUGUGAAAGCGUGUUCAAAUCCUUCAAUUAUUCGUUCAUUAUUUAGUGCUACUUUACCCGAUACAGUUGAAGAACUUGCACGUACAAUAAUGCAUGAUGCUGUUCGUGUAAUUAUUGGAAGAAAGAACUCUGCUUCUGAAUCAAUAAAGCAAAAAUUGGUAUUUGUUGGGAGUGAAGAAGGAAAGCUUAUGGCUCUUCGCCAAACCUUUGAAGAGAGCUUGAAUCCACCGGUAUUGGUUUUUGUGCAAAACAAGGAAAGGGCGAAGGAUCUUUAUCAAGAAUUGAGAUUUGGUGAUAUUAGAGUGGAUGUUAUACAUUCUGAUCUGUCUCAAGAACAGAGAGAGAAUGCGAUUGAUAACUUCAGAGCUGGGAAGACAUGGGUGUUGAUUGCGACUGAUGUGAUUGCACGUGGGAUGGAUUUCAAAGGGGUCAACUGUGUGGUCAACUAUGAUUUUCCGGAUUCCUCUUCAGCCUACAUUCAUAGGAUUGGUCGGUCUGGGAGAGCGGGUAGGAGUGGGGAAGCGGUUACAUUUUACACGGAAGCGGACACACGAUACUUGAAAAAUAUCGCGAAUGUUAUGAAAGCAAGUGGUUGUGAAGUCCCUGAAUGGAUAUUGUCGUUACCCAAGCUUAAGUGGAAGAAACAUAGACCAAAAAGAGAGUUUUUGUCAACGAAACCACAUGAUGAUGAAGAAGAAGAAUAAGUUAUAAUUAAGCAUGUGUUACUUUUAUGCAUCCCCCACCCCCUCUAAGAAUUUGUUUGUAAUAUUUCAAACACAAACCCAAUUUUGGUUGUAAUAGG